AUAAAAUGGAAAAAUUCCCCCAGUGUUGUGUGGAGAAAUGCUCUCAAACAGCCUCUGUGUAUCUUAAGGAGACGAAAAUAUGCUAUUGCGGGGAACAUUUCUGCAAUAAAUAUGAUCUAGCUGAAGGAGAGAAUCUCAUCUCUUCAGAUCUUGUUGGUUCAAAGAUUAAAGCUGUAGAGAAAAUGCUUAAAACCUUCACAAUUUUUAUAAAAGGUGAAUAUGACGAGGAGCCUGAUGAGAGAACACUAAAGCUUCAACAAGAAUUCUAUCAUAAACUACAAGAGCUCAGAGAUGCAACGGAUCAAGCUUUAAAACAAGGAUCCUUUUAUGAAUUUGGAGCUCUGAUGACAAAAGCCAAAGAUAUCCAGGCUAGCAUGGACGGUGAACAGACCUUCUCAGAAUUUGCUUGCAAGUUUCUUUGGAGUUUAAUGGAAGGGCAAUGUAACCAAGACUUCAGGGCCCCAGCUGGACCAGGUGGACAAGGAUCAGAACAACAGGAUAAGCUUCUAGAAGAGCUUAAACAAAAAGACUUCACCAUCAAGACCCUCGAGGAAGAGAACAAGAGGCUGUAUCAGAAGAUAGAAGAGCUCAAGAGUAACUUAAAUUUGGAAGACCAAAGCGAAGACAUACAGUUCAGUUCGGAAACACGACUAGAACUUAAACUUACCGAUCCCAAGCACAUGGAGUUCCUGACUUCUCUGGAACACAGAAUGCCUGAGUUGGAUAGACUCAUUCUUGAUGACAUCCCUGUAAACAGCGAGGAGGUCAAAACAUUCCUGGCCACUCGGUUUCCUUCUAAAGUGAACGACUUCCAUUUUAAUUUGUCCUACCCUCAGUCGUCCUCCUUGCCCCUGUACAUUGACGAAUUGGCAGCAGUGAGCCAGAGAGUUUGAGGAGGAUUGGUCAUUUGUAACUUUGAAGUUUCUCAGCCCCAACUCGUCACUCUCCUUGCUGCUUAUAAACACAAAAAAGCAGUUGGGUUUAACGCUUGCAACCUCUCUCUUUCAUCUGUUCCUGACUUCGGAGGCAGACUCGAGGGCAGCACUCUCAAAGGAUUAGGUUUGAACUUCUUAGGAGAAAGUGAUCGCUGCGACUGGGCCUCCAACGAGUCCCAUUUUGAAAACCUGGUCGAAGGGCUUUCCAAGGAACAAGACUUUAAGAACAAUCUGCAGGGGAUUGGGAUGAAAGAAUGUGGAAUGGACUUUGAGACAGUCGAGGAAAUCUUGGCCAAGCAUGGAUUCGGCCAUGUACAAAUUUGAGACCACUCGAAGUAGACCAGAAAUGAAGACAUCUGAGAUG